GUUGGCUGGUUUUGGUGCUCGGUGUGUCCAGGAAAAGUGGUCGUCGUGGUUGUGGCGGUCCGAAUCUGCGGAGGUGGCACACUUGGAAACGGCUCUGCGAAGAUGUAAAUGCGUUCAUAAAGCCUGACGGUGCACCAAAGUGCUCAUACGAAAAGAUGGAGAACUGUGACACGUAUGCACAGGACGAUGAACGGGCAUCACGCCCCAACCUGCUUGACCUUCCCUCCGAGAUCAUAGAGAAGAUACUGCGGCAUACGAACUUUGCGACCAUUAGCAACACUCGCAUGGUGUGCCACCACCUGAAUGAUGCAGCAUCUGGACUUCUCAACUCAGAGUUUGUGCGGCUGCGGGGUUCCAUGCAACAGCGCUUCCAGGCCAUCAAGGCACAGAUGCCGCGACGGGAGUCGGCACGUCGCAAGCAUCCGCUCUCACGCGAGUGCGACAUCAUUGAGACGGUGCACAUGCGGCUGACUCUGCUGCAGAUGACUUUUGGGAAACACAUUGAGCGAAAGCAUUGCUGCUUUUUCCCAGGGGAGAUCUUGGACGAAGUGCACCGCAUCCUGAGGUACGUGGAGGUGACGCCCACGCUGAGCCGUGCCUACAAGGUGACGGAUGAGCUCUUUGACCUGACCACCAUGGCCAUGGAGUACUUCAAGGAGCACAUUGAGCCCACGCUGCCCGAGAUCAGCUACUUCGCAGCAGACUUCCUUGACUAUCCUCCUUGCUUGAAAAACCAGUCGCUGAUGGAGUCGCUGUUUGAGCCACCGCAAUGUACAAGCAUGCAGGGCUCAUCGUCCAGUGCACCCCAGUCUCCUCAGCCACCUCCAGUCAAUCCAACAGUGAAGAAACGGCUACGAAAGCUGAGGGAAAGCAUGAAGAAAAACAGCGGGCAGGUGCUGGCGCUGCGUCGAGAGCUGAAGCUGACACGCCGGCGGGUGACCAACCAGCACCGGUACAUAGUGGAGAUGAAGGCCCGCCAAGACGACUACGACCAGAAGCUGCAAACGACGUCGCGCAAGCUGAAUGCGGUGCUGCAGGAACUCAACCGGUGCAAGACGGAGCUUCAGUACUGGCGCUCCAAGUCACCCGCUGUGCCAACCUGCACCUGCGGCAAAACCACUCUGCUCGGUGGGGGACCCUCCCAAGAUGCCCCCAUCGACUUCACACCCAUUGACUUCCAGGAGGCGCCCUCUUCCUCCUGCACACUGCAGGGUGCAGGAGAGGUGAAGCUAGUGCCCGCUUGCUACGGAACUCCACCGGAGAACAUCGUUCCCAGCCUGAGUGACUCUGAGUGUUUGGCAUUUGAAGAGGAUACGGCGGACGCGUUGCCCGCAAACAACGUCGCACCCGUCGACAAGCCUGCACCAGCGAGGGCGUGCAAACGCAAGUUGGAUAUGGACGGAGAAGGAGCCGCCUCGUCAUGCCUGGUCAUCAAAGUACAAAGGAGCUCUUUGCCAAACGUGAAUUAGCGACGCCGUGAUGCUGACUGAUCGUCCCCUCGUAUUUUUGCGUUUUAUACCUUCGAGCAGGCUGCUCGUUUACCUUAUGUUGUGUGUGCAUCUGUUGUGUACUUGCGUUGCGUGUGUGUUACUGCCUGUUUUUUUAAUUUCGUUUUGAAGACCAUCUUGGGUGUGACUGAACGGUCUGUCUGAAGCUUUCUUAUCACUUGCACAGGCCAGACUAGAUUUGGGAACACCCUUUUUUUUUUUUUUUUUUUGUCUUGUACUUUAUGCUUGUAGCAUCUGUGGCUUUGUUGCGAGUUUUGUUGCCAGAACCAGCGACUCUUCCAUGUAAGAAAUGUUGUUCUUUUUAAUAAGGAGCUGCAAGCUUGACAGCGUGCAAGGCCUCAUGAUUAGUAGUGAUAGCGUCGAGGUGUACACUAGGUAAAUGGUAGUCUGUCAGAUACUGUUCAAGAGCCUGUGCUAUAAAAAAGUGGUGCAUAACAGGGAAACGGGGGUUCUGUCUCUUCUGGCAGUGAACUAUUACAGGGUUAUAGUACAUUGUAGGAACAGUGCUCCUGUAUCAUUCGAACUCAAAGCAGCAUGAUCAACAUGUGGGAUUUGAUAACUUCGGCUGCAGCAGUGCCUGAGAAAGGGCAGCUCUCAUCUUGCUGUAUGCUGUUAACCGAACUGCGUGUUCUCCAGGUUGCCUCCCCCGCACUGUCCACGUGAUGUUGAGGAAUUUCAGCUGAGUGUCUGUAUGUUGAGAAGAGUGAAUUGUUUGGAUGGGUAUAUAUAUAUUUCUUUUCAUUUGCAGCAAUUUCUCGAUGUUGUGCACACAGUCCAAAGGUACCGCCUUUGUAAUUUUAUUAAAAUUUGGUGCAAUUUGUACCGAAUCUUUUAGGAGUAGAAAAGGAAUGUCUAAUGAAAGCUGACAAGUUUACGGGAAAGGGUAGUGAUAAGAUUUCAGUAUGGCUUUAUGGUAGAAAGUGAGCAGUUUGAUAUAGGACCAAAUUCGAGCUCUAAACUCUUUGAGCUGAAUUUGCAUAGGGCUGUAGUACCUGGGCUAUGGUGAUGUCUGUCUUACAAUUCAAGUGCACCUACGUAAUUCAGGAAAAGCAAGAAAAAAAAUCCUCUUGUUUGUGUGUAUUUGUAACUUGGCACUUCUGUAUGUUUACAUGACUUCCUGCACAACUUUCCUACUGUAACUUUGGAAUGCACCAUUUAACUUUCACCUUUAUUUUGACAAAAGUUGUGUUGCACAAAGCUGCUGACAUUAUCAUGGCAUCAAUGUUAGAUUUGUACUCUUCUACAAUGAAACGCACACUGAUAGUCUUUUUUUUUUUUUUUCACUUGUGACAUUUUCUUUACGAAGGAAUGUGUUCAGCAUUACAGCCACAUUGGAAGGCUAUAUUAAGUUGUUUUGUUUUGUUUUUCAAUCGUGGGUAGGCAGCUUGCUUGCUCAUCAGUCGUCAAGAUGGCUAUUAUUGUUUUUGAGUGAGCUCUGCUUUAACCAUUAUCUUGAUGAAGUCAGCGAAAUGUGUAGUUGUACUGGUUGCUUAAUACAACAUUGCUUGUCAAUUGAUUGUGUAAGGUGGCCAGUUAUUGUUCAGUAGAAUAUUUCUUGCAAGCUGCUUUUACAUUCGCAUCUCCACAAUUUUGUAAUGAACACAUGAAAUUUGGGGAUGCAUUAGCCUCUUUAAUGUCAUCCUCCAGUGUCUCAUAUUAUACUUAAUAACUAAUGCUGCUUAUUGCAUUAAUAGGUUAAUUAUUUGAGCUGUGGUCUAGCCUAACUGGUUACAAAGGCAAAUGGGAGUGUGUGAAAUCCUAAUACAAUUUCGCUGUUGGAAAACACUGACUUUGUUUCCCUUGAAUAUCUAGUACGGCAUGGGGUGUCUCUGGCAAGUAGAAGGGUGAAUGGUUCAGACUGUUCCAAAGUUUGCAUUUGCUGGUUAGCUCUGCUGGUUGUGUGGAGGAAGCUGGUUAUUGGUUAGUUAUCAAUUGAACGGCCACACUUAAAAGGACACUAAAGAGCAACACUUUUUUUUUUUUUUUACACUAAAGGGCAAAACAGUUUUUCUAGUAUCAAUAGUAAAUUGUUCUUUCGCCCCAUUUGCCAUGACAUUGCAUACUUUUACGGUACCUGCUGAGGUCUCCGUAUAUCUUUAUCAGUAAAAAUAAAGUGAAGUGUCCUCUGAGGUGGCCAUAGACUUGAGGGUAGAUCUGUGCAAAUAGCUAAAUUUUCGAUGCAAAGCAAAUUCAAAUAUUGAAAGUGUGUGUGUCAAUCGGAUUUAAUAUUUUUCUAACAUUUCUAGAAUAUUUUUCGAAUGCUUCUAAGUGAUACUGCAGAAAAAAAAAAGCUGGCUGAGAAUUCCCAAACAUAUUCUUGUGAGAUAGCAACGUGAAUAUAUUUCUUCUCGCUACGUUGAAGUGCUGGCAGAGUGGUGUUUUAUAGUUAUCAAGAAUGAGGCAAUGCAGAGGCGUAAUUCUAAUUAGCAUGUACAUGAUUUGGUGCAACCGGAGUUUUGCUGACGACACUUCACUCAUGAAAGGCAAAAAGACUCUGUUGCCUCGUCCUCUGCUCCUUUUUCAACUUGUGUGGAAACCAAAGUGCUGUGGCAGACUAGGGUGUGCUCCUGUUGAGUCUAAAGUUCCAAAUCUGCCUCGUAGAUGUCGGCACAGUUAAGAACAUCUAAAGUUUUGAGUGCUAAAAAUCUUCAGCGUCCGAUUUUUCAUACUUUUUGCCCAACUUUCAGGUCGAAAACGACAUUGAGGCCCCACCUCUGCAUCUCCAUGCAUAUCUCCAUGUUGGAGUCAGUGUUUUUCUUGAAUCAAUACAUUAUCAACUGUAGCGAAGCCUGAAAGGCAGCUUUGCCACAAUGAGUGAGUGUGAUGAGGUGAAGAAUAUUAAAGGGGUACUGACACAAAAAAUUUGGCCACGCGUUUUUCUGCUGUAAUGCGUUGUUGUAGGGCUGUUAGUCAUGACACGACACCAUUGUUUGCUGCAGCAUGCGACAGAUAAUCAAUUGCAGGCCCCUCGUUAUGGAUCAGUUUCGGUUUGAGUGAGUUCCAAAAACUGGGUCCAACUGUUGCCACCUAGCGUGUGCAACUAUUGACCGCGUCAGCACACAGAACUGUGAUGCACUUCCGCACGAUUCGCAACAAGCAUUAUUUUUGAAUAGGAAACGGCUUAGGAAUGUCGCCAAACACAAAACUUGGUAAGCGUGCGCCACGGCCAUUGCACUCCCAACCAGCCGCCGAGAAAUACAGGCUUCGGAAACCAACGCGGCAAAAGAAAAAUGGCGGCUAUGAUGUUAUCAUCACUUGUUUUGUUGGCCUCAGUGAGGUGACGUGAGGGAAGUAGGGGGUCACCUCCGAAGGUGUCUGGCGCUACGGAGUCGGUCGCUCACGCAAACUUCAAAAUUAAUUAAAAAUACCUUCCGAGCUAUAUUCGCUUUUGAUAUCUUGCAGAUGAUAUACGGAUGUUCACGAGAAUCGACCCCGCAGGCUAUCUCUGCCCCGAAAUUUUCUGUCAGUACCCCUUUAAGAAUCUGAAGGGGCCACUUUCAAUUGAAUGUUGACUGUAUUUGUCUUUGGGAAGUUCGAAUAGUAAAAUUGCAGUGCAAAUUGAGCUGAAUAGCAAACACUGUGAGAAGAAUAUUUGAAACCUUGAAUAUUCGCGUACCCCUACUUAACACCUAAAGUUUGACAAAUUUUGUGGAGCCAAGAACAUCAAAUUGCAAUAUACACGCUUUGUAAUCCGUGACGUGAUGCAUGGUGAUUUCGACAUGAAAUUUAAAGCUGAAUUUUGUUCCUCUAUCACUAAACCUAUGAUGGUGAAAUGUACAACAUUAGAAUUGUCAGAGUACGAUUCAUCAAUCUGUAGCAAUUCAUGGUUUAUCUUUAGUGUUCCUUUAACUCUCUUGUUUGAACAGCGGCCACCAGGAUUACAUUAGUUGACGUUUUGCCUCAAUUUAUGGCAGCAUUCGCUCUGUCACUCAAAACUUGUAAAAAUGUUUGCACACCCCAAAAUAUUUUGAAUACCCAAAACAGGUGUCUGUUCUCGCGUUGGCUUUUGAGUGCUUCAGAGGCCGGGGAUGGAAGGAACGACAAUCUCUGCCUCUCGUGCCCGUUUGUACUGUGGCCGUACAGCUCGUGUCGGCUUCGUAAACUCCCUGGAAUUGUUGCAGUGGUAGUGUAGUGUUUGCGUUUCUCUGCCCAUCUUGCUGGUGAAGAUGGCGUGUGGGUGUGGCACGUAAAAUGACAAUGAUCGGCUUUUCCAGUGGCCUAACAUGGAUGAGUAUCCUUCCAAGUACAGCCAUCUUGCACGUGACUUAUUGACCAGUGUUUGUACGCAAGCAGCCGACAUCUUGAGGAGUUGCAUGCGCUGUUGUGGUACACAGAAGUCUUCUUGCGCUAAACGUUGGGUUCGGUACUCCCUUUCAUGGCGCAGCCGUCAUAUAAGGCUACUGCCUACAAGGCAUUGCCUGCUCCUCAAGCAAGAAACACGAGUGAACACUCGCAAGUGUCAGUCAGCCUUCUCCCGUCCGUGUGUGUAAGCACUAGUUCAUGUGUAUUAGUGUCAAGUUAGUCCUGUCGUCAGCCUCGAAGGAAGGUUCUUGUAGCUAAUAGUUACCAUGGCUUUCAUCCACAGUUGAAACAUUAAUCAUUGUCAUCGAAAUCCAAAGCUUCAUUCACUCUUUGCACAAACAUCCCAGACAUUGAUCACUUUCUGGUCUCCCCUCCUUCCCACCCCUCUUUUUCUUUUGUUGAAUUUCUUAGCUUUGGAACGCACACACAACAAAAAAAAAUUUGUGGGUCUUGUUCAAAAACCACCAUACAGGACCAAGCAGCACUCGUUUUGUUCACAAUAACUGUUGUCUUCAAAGCCGCACAUCUGCGAGAAUCGCAUAAGCUGUGCAGUUUUGGCACUGCUCACAGGCAAUAAACUGUACAUGGUUACACAUUUCUCACUGUGGUGUCUAGAGAGUGUGCCCAGGUAGAAACAUUUGCCAUCAUGUUUACUUUCCUUUUUUUUCCUUCAUUUGAAAUGUUGCUUUCCAGCCAGAUUGACUGUGGCAAAAGCACCUCGAUUUUUUUUUUUAUAUAUAAUGUAGUAUCAUCGUUUGAUAAUGAGAAUCCUUAACUUGGUCUGCCUUGCCUCUGGAGUUGUAUGAAUAAUAAAUUUAUCCAUUGUUCGUUUAAGGCCGAGGGUUCCACGUUGAAGGCUGGGCUGAUGAUACAUGUUGCUCUGAGCCUAUGUUGUGGAAACGCGCAAAAAUGGAAAGGGCGAGGGUGUUACAAAGCAUGUACACGACCUUUAAUAAGCACAGAUCACUUCAUGUUAGAACUGUCUAAAAAGAAAUUCGAAAAUUUAAAAAUGAGAUUUUUGGGAUAUGGCUCAAAAUUUCCUGUAUAAGUUUAUUCCAAAGCAAAAGUUGUUGGUUCAUACUUCUCUGAUGCACACCUACAAUAUUCUGUCGCCUCUUCCACCUUGUAUGUCAUCACAGCAUGACUCAGAGCAGUAGUUUGUUGAAAAACUAGCAGCAGUUCUAUGCACGAAUACAACCGAUGAGCGAUGCUCCCCGAAAAAUGGGAAGCAAAUGACUAUGCGCCUGACCUCUGUGCUGCCUUUUGUGAAGGCAGUAGGGUAGGGAGAGCGUCAGCUGCGCUCGGAGGCGGGGACGACAAAGUGAGCGAGUAUGCAGCACGCGUGAACCAUCUGCUGCCGCACCAGCGGGAGCGCGCCUGUUGUUAUGCUCGAUGCGCUUGCCCGGCGCAGGGAGUUUCGCCGGAAAUGGCGGGGAAGGCGUUGGCGAAGUGUGGCUUUGCUCCUAAAAACUUUGGAAGUGAUAGCCAGGGUGGCCUGCGUUUUAGUCUGCUUUGCAUGCAACCAGCUGGUGGCAGUCACCAUAGCUAGGAAGCUUUGUGUUGGAAUAGAAGGCCAGAAAAUUGCUUUACCCACAUCUUAGUGUGUUUGACGCGUAGCAAGCUUUCAGAGUGCCGUAUUUCGUGCACAGAGUAAUCUUUGCUUCUAUAUUCUACUGUCCAGGAAAAAAUGUCUCUCAUGUGUCUUCAGUGAGUGCGUGUGCACGCCUAUGCUUCGACAUAAGAUUCGCUUCUUUGUUGCGCACUAUUUUGCAUAAUGUGUAUUGCCCAAAAGCACAGUCGUUCGGAAUACUUCCCUGUUAAAAUUUAUUUAUCCUACACAAAACCACGCAUUUUAUGAGUUGUGCCAAAUUUGCCGGGCUUUUUUUUUUAAGUGUGAAACUUUGCACUAGGCAUUCCCUGAAACAAGUUGCUUUGUAUUAUUAAUCUUUACAGUGUGAGCUCAACGAAGUGAUGGCUAGGUUACUUGGUUGUGUGCAAUGGUGUGUUGGUAAGCAUUUCUAGUGGAACAAAGAACUGCAUCCAAAUAGUGGAACAAUCGUGUGUCGGUCUUGUACAGUUCGAACGAAACAGAAAGGCCCUUCUAUUGUGCUUCGAUCGGGCUGGCUGCAUGAACAGCGUAUCUUUGUGGACGUUUAGUGUCCUGGAGAGAUCCCUAUGAUGUUGUGCCACAUUUUUAGUAGUGACACUUUGAUGUGUUGCGUUAAGUGUGCCUUUGUGCAGUUUUUUUCUUUUGCUGUCGCACUAGUGUUGUAGGAUAAAAUGUAUAUCAAAAUGGCUUGCCGUUCAAAAAGUGGAUGUAUGCUGUAGCGUUGUGUCAUGUAUCGCUGUUUUUCAUUGCCUUAUUGCAAUUUUUUUUUAAUUCUCGCUCAACUGUGGUUGCAUUCUCUACCUCUUGAGGUUGUUGGGCGGUACUAACAAGCGUAUUUCUUUUUUUUUAUCUCUCUUUCUCGUCACCCACAGAAGAUCUCAAGUUUCCAAACGUCACAAUGUAACGACGCACACAACAAAGAUGCCAGUGUGUAUUUUGCACAGUUAUAAUUGUGACUGUAGCUUAACGCUGUAAGCACAAGACGGUUAUUUAUUGUUUCUUGAAAUAAAGCUAACACUUCACAA